CUCGCAACGACGCUUUAAGUCACUCCUCGCUCUUCUUCUUCUUCCCUCACUUUCUUCUCUUCGACUCUUCACCCUCUGAUUUCGCCGCUCAAAAACCCUAUUCUUCUCCUUCGUUUCCUUCGUGUCGUUUCGUUGGCCGAUAAUGGUGAUUAUUUCGGACACCACGAGCGCCACCAAGAGCCGGUUCGGGUUUCACGACCGUUCUUCGGAUCCCGCACUUCCCGACCUCGCGGCGAAGUCGACGUCGAGGGAGAAUGUCGCUCAUUCUCAGGCACUGGUGAUUCGGAGCAACGGAGAUCCGGACGAGGGCGGAGUUGGCGGCUCGGGAUUGUCGUCCCAGGGCUUCGAGCUCCGCGAGGAUCCUUCGUUCUGGAAAGACCACAAUGUACAGGUAAUCAUCAGAAUUCGACCUCUUAGUAGCAGUGAGAUAUCGCUGCAAGGCUACAGCAAGUGUGUUAGGCAAGAGAGCUGUCAAACUGUUACCUGGACCGGGCAUCCCGAGUCACGGUUUACUUUUGAUCUGGUUGCAGAUGAGAACGUUAGCCAGGAGAAGUUAUUCAAAGUGGCUGGAGUACCUAUGGUGGAAAAUUGCAUGGGAGGAUACAACAGUUGCAUGUUUGCGUAUGGUCAAACUGGAAGUGGGAAGACUCACACAAUGCUUGGAGACAUCGAAGAAGGAAGCCGUAGACAUAGUGUUAACUGUGGGAUGACACCCCGAGUUUUUGAAUAUUUAUUCUCACGGAUUCAAAAGGAAAAAGAGGCUCGCAAAGAGGAUAAAUUACGAUUCACUUGUAAGUGUUCAUUCUUGGAAAUAUACAAUGAACAGAUUCUAGAUCUUUUGGAUCCUUCUGCUAGCAAUUUACAGAUAAGGGAAGACCUCAAGAAAGGGGUUCAUGUCGAGAAUCUAAAGGAGAUAGAAGUUACAAGUGCACGAGAAGUGAUCCUUCAGCUGAUUCAAGGAGCUGCCAAUAGAAAGGUUGCUGCAACCAACAUGAACCGUGCAAGCAGUCGUUCUCAUAGUGUAUUUACAUGUGCUAUUGAAAGCAAGUGGGAGUCCCAAGGUGUUACUCACCACAGAUUUGCUCGGCUGAAUCUUGUUGAUCUAGCAGGGUCGGAAAGACAAAAAAGCUCUGGUGCUGAGGGAGAACGUCUUAAGGAAGCCACAAAUAUUAACAGAUCUCUUUCAACCUUGGGACUUGUGAUCAUGAAUCUUGUGAGCAUAUCCAAUGGGAAGUCGCUCCAUGUUCCUUACCGAGAUUCAAAACUUACAUUUUUGCUUCAGGAUUCGCUUGGAGGAAAUUCAAAGACAAUUAUAAUUGCAAAUAUCAGUCCAUCCAACAGCUGUUCGUUGGAGACUCUGAGCACUCUGAAGUUUGCGCAACGUGCUAAAUUUAUUAAAAAUAAUGCAAUUAUCAAUGAAGAUGCAUCUGGGGAUGUAAUUGCUAUGCGUGUGCAAAUUCAACAGCUAAAGAAAGAGGUUUCUCGUCUAAGAAGUUUGCAAAACGGAGGAACAGAGAACUUUGAAAGUGAUAGUCUAUCAACAACCUUUCCAGGAUCUCCAGGAUUUUUUAAGUGGGAAGGGCUUCAUGGAUCUUUUAGUCCAUUUACAUCCGAUAAAAGGACAACAUUGAAGAAAGACUAUGAAGUGGCUCUUGUUGGAGCAUUUAGAAGAGAAAAGGACAAAGAAACUGCAUUACAGGCACUGGCUUCUGAGAAUCAGGCAGCUUUGCAGCUGGCCAAGCAAAGGGAAGAUGAAAUUCAAGGCCUGAAAAUGAGGUUAAGAUUUCGUGAAGCAGGACUCAAGAGGUUAGAGGCUGUUGCUGCAGGAAGAAUCUCAGCUGAGACCCAUUUGCUGAAAGAAAAGGAAGAACUCCUGAAGGAAAUUGAAGUUUUACGAUCUCAGAUUGACAGGAACCCAGAAGUGACCAGAUUUGCCAUGGAAAAUUUGCAGUUGAAGGAAGAAAUCAGAAGGUUGAAGUCAUUUUGUGUGGAAGGAGAACGAGAGAUGACGAAUGAACAAAUCAGGGUGUUACAAAAUAAGUUGCUAGAAGCACUUGACUGGAAACUAAUGCAUGAUUCAGAUGCCUCAGCAGUACAGAAGCCCAAUUCAGAUGCAGCAACUCACAUUCUUGGCGAUGAAACCCUACUUCUAUCUCGUAAGGAAGGAGGAUCCCCUUGGCAUGCAUCUGUUAGUGAUGAGAAUGAGUUCCUCCGUUUGGAGGUUAUCCAAAACCAGGCAGAAUUGGACGCACUCCACAAGAAACUAGAUUUCUCCCUUGAGGAAAAAGAAAAAUUGGAGAGGCAUGUAAAUGAUCUGUCAAGAGAGCUUAAAGAGAAGAAAUUUUCAAGAGCUAUUGACGGAAACCAGCAACUUGGGCUUCCAUCUUCCUCAACUGGUGUCAACAUAGUCAAUUUUGAUGAUCAGAUAGAGCUGAAAACUAUGGUGGAUGCUAUUGCUGCUGCAAGUCAAAGGGAGGCGAAAGCUCACGAGAGUGCAAUGAUCCUGUCUAAAGAGAAUGACGAGCUUCGGAUGAAGCUGAAGGUAUUGAUUGAGGAUAACAACAAGCUCAUUGAAUUGUACGAGAAGGCAUCUGCAGAAAGGAGUGAAUCACAAUCGUGUUCUCUUGAUAGUACUCACAAAGAGAGAACUGGAGUCUGCAAAAGUGAUGCUAUCACCGAGACAGAAGAAGGGAAACUCACUCAGAUGAAAAAGGCUGUGGAGAGUCUGGAACAUCAGCUCCUGGAAAUGCACGAAGAAAAUGAAGAAUUGAUGGGUUUGUACGAAAAAGCAAUGAAGGAACGGGAUGACUUCAAAAGGAUGCUUUAUGCAAAUGAGCAGGUCAAAUCUGGAACUAGAAGAGACUUUGAUUGUCCAGAAAAGCUUGUUGAAGUUGAUGCAGGUAAUAACUAUGAAUCAAGUCAGGCGACCGUGUCUGCUGAGGAAACCCAUGUUGCUGGAGUAUUUUCCCGGGAAGCACAGAGAAAUUCAGUGGCGAUUUGUUGCAGCAACAAUGAUAAAUCAGAAGUUUUCUUGGAGGAAACAGGUGAUCAAAAACUAAAUGGUGGACCUGGUGCAGAUGAACCUCCCUGUAAUUCUAAUAUCAGUAUUUCCAUGGAAGAAGCUGCUCGGUUAAUGAAGCCUUUCCUGUUUGAUGGAUCAGAUAUACUAAAUGAACAUUCUGGCUUCUCUGUGUCGAAUGCUAAGCUGGGGUCUAAACAAUGCUUUGAUGAUUAUCAAGGAGAUUCACAUUGCUACAUGGACAUUGAUCCAUCAACUGUCUCUGCUGUUCAUAGCCUGCAACCACAAGAAAUGAAUCUGGUCAAACUGAAUCUUGCAAGUGCAGAGGAAAAGCUCAGUUUUUCUUCUAGAACUGCUGACGAACUUCACUUGGUUGAGAAAGCAAUAAUUGAGGCUGGUCAAUUCUCAAGACAAGUUGAAGAAAUGGAAGCCAGCAUCCAAGUUGAUCAGCAGAAUCUUGAAUCACGCAAACUGCUUUUAUCAGAAGCUCAAGAGAGAGUAUCACUCACUGAUAAGAAGUUCUCUGCUCAUAAGUAUUCUCUGUCAAGUUUCUUUUCAUCCAUAAUGUAUUCUGAACAACGAGAAGCUCGCGCCAAUGCAAGGGUUAAUGCUUCAACAUCAUACCUACACCAGAAGAAUAAUGAAAUGGCCUGUCUUCAAGCCCGCAAGGAUGACCUUGAGGUACUGCUGAGGAAGAAUCAACAAUCUGACGAAGAACUAAGGAACAAGCUGGCAUGCUUAAAAUCAAAACUUGAAGAAGAGAAGCGAAAGCAAGAAAAUGAAAAGGUUCUUCUUGCUAUAGACAAUGUCGAGAGAGCUGAUCCCACAAAGAGGAACUGGGGUAGUAAAGCCACAGAUUUACUCCAAUCCGAGGAAGAAAAAACCAAGCUACAAACUGAGAUUAACUGCUGCCGAGAAAGACUUGGGGUCAUAAAGAAGGAAUACAUGGAAUUGAGCGGGAACUGUGGGAAGGUGGAUGACGAGAUCCGAGCUGUGCGAAUGGAGAUAACCAAAGCUUCAAGUAUGGUGGAGGAGAUGGAAGUUGCACUUCAUGGUGUCAUCAAAGAGAGAGAGAGCUUAUCCGAGACUAUAGAGAAUGCAUGGCAUGAUACUCAGAGUCUAAUUCUCUCCUUCCACGAACAUGUUUGUGAAGCAGAUUUGAGGGCAAAAGAAGUGGAGAUUCUGCAAGAGGAAAUGCAUGAGAGUCUCAGAAGACUAGAAGAACUCAAACAAAUUAAAGCCAUAACUUCACAGCGAAACAUGCAGCUGUUAGGGGAGAUUGGUGGUUCUUCCUGUUUAUCAGGGAAGAUGCAAUUAGAGAUUCGGAAUGCCAUGGCAUUGAUUCAGGAGGCAAAAUCAUUGCUUUAGUUCCACCCCGGAAAUUAUGAAGUCUGAUAAUUUGUUCUGUACCUGAAAUUACUUCCUUGUAAAAUUCACUCCCUUCGUCACGUUUGUUGACCUUUCUGUCAAUGGAAUGCCAAUCGAGCGCACCAUUUUCGAAGU